UUCAUCUCAUUAGACGGUGACAAUUGUAAUAGUUUAAAGGAUCGUGUUAAUUGAUAUAAUUUCAAAAUAAUAUGGGUACAUUCUUAAGUCAUAAAAAAAUGCUUUUAAAAAUUAAAAUUGGUCGUGAGUGUUAAAGCUGCCAAAAUAUUCUAAACGUAUUCUUGAAGAUAAUGUGCAGGCGUUUUAAGUGAUCAGAGCCGGGCUGCUGGCGGGUUUAAAAUGCAACACACAGUAAUGUGUUGGAGUGGUGGAAAAAAAAAAAAAAAAGUUCGUGAAAGUGGCCUGACGUCACACUCCCACAAUGCUUACCGCCCCUCAACUCGGUUGCAGCCCGAGGAGAGCCGUGCACACUCACUUCCAGGCCUCGAAUAUCUCAAUUAUUGGCAGGGCAAAAAUCGUCCAAAAUCUUUCUGACAAAGCAAGUAAAGACGACAUCGAAGGGAGUGCGUGUCGUUGCUGGCGGCGUGGGUUUCUCCUACGGUGGCCAAUCUGCUCGGGAUGGACGCUUACCGGGGCUCCAAGUGAAAGUUGACAAAUGCAGCGCUGGAAACUUUUUGAAGAGUCAAGAUGCAGAAGAGUAUUUGGCACUCGCUGCCAAGUGUGGCUGUUGGAACUGGGUGAGGAAGAAAUGUAAAAGGAGGGAACGUGUAACACAUCAAUGGCAUAAAAACGGACACCAGGAAUAAUUCUUGCUCUCCUCGAUGUUUCACCGACAUCACUCAAGCUUCUACUGAGCCACCACUUUGCCGUCCGCCCACCUGCCGGCCCUCCAAUUUCUGACAUUGAGCCUGCAAGGAGCGGCAGCCCCAAGUAGAUUUUCAUGGCAGCGGCACUCUAGUGCUGCCAUGGCAGCUGCUGCCGCCGAUGCCUCACACCGUAUUACCGCACUGACGCCGGAGGAAGAGGGACGACGGACCGCCGUCAAGUUGUUUGGGAGCGCCGGCCCGCUGCCACGCGCAGAACGAGAGAGGGGGAAAGAGAGGGAAGGAGAGGAAGAAGAGGUGGGAAGAGGGAACGAGUGUUUGGUGUGCGGGGCUCUGUUCGCCUCUCAGGAGAAGCUCCGGCUCCACGCCUUGAGUCACACGGGGGAGAAACCCUUCCACUGCACACAGCCACACUGCCCCAAGGCCUUCAGCUCCAAAUACAAACUCUUCAGGCAUAUGGCCACACACUCUCCACAGAAGACCCACCAGUGCUCGUUCUGUGAGAAGAUGUUCCACCGUAAGGACCACCUGAAGAACCACCUGCAGACCCAUGACCCCAACAAGGAGGCUUUCAAGUGCGAGGAGUGCGGCAAGCACUACAACACCAAGCUGGGGUACAAGCGGCACGUGGCCAUGCACUCGGCCACAGCCGGGGACCUCACCUGUAAAGUGUGCAUGCAGAGGUACGAGAGCACGCCCAUCCUCCUGGAGCACCUCAAGAGCCACUCGGGGAAGUCUUCAGGCGGGACCAAGGAGAAGAAACACCCGUGCGACCACUGCGAUCGCCGUUUCUACACGCGGAAGGACGUGCGGCGACACAUGGUGGUGCACACCGGCCGAAAGGACUUCCUGUGUCAGUACUGCGCCCAGCGCUUUGGCAGGAAGGACCACCUGACGCGUCACGUGAAAAAGAGCCACUCGCAGGAGCUGUUGAAGAUCAAGACUGAACCUCCGGAUAUGCUGGGCCUCCUCGCCACGGGGUCACCACCUUGCUCUGUGAAAGAGGAGCUCAGCCCCAUGAUGUGCAGCGUGGCUCCGAAUAAGGACUCCAUCAUGGGGAAGCCCUUCCCAAGCGUGCCCCCGUUUCCCAUGGGCGUGUACGACCCCCACCACCUGCAGGUCAUGUCAAACUCUGGGGUGAGCCAUCCUCACCCGCCCCUGAUGUCCACGCCUCUAUCUGUGGGCAUGGGUUGCCACAUGGAGUCCACUGGAUCCCUGCACCCACACUCCCAUCACCACCACCAUCAUCACCACCACCACCAUCACCACCAUUCCCCUCCGGUGCCCCCGCCCCACCACCAGCCCUCGGUCCCCCAGCAGCAGCACCAUUCCCAGCAAGCCCCCAAAUACCAGCUGGGAUCUACCUCAUACCUGCUGGACAAACCCUUGAAGGUGGAGAUGGAGAGCUUCCUCAUGGAUCUGCAGAGUGGCUUGCCAGCCCCACUCCCCUCAGGGGAGCCUCACGCUGCUGUUUCACCCCCCAAGGAUGGACUGGAGCCUCCUGCUGGCCUGGCAGAAGAACUUUGUGGGCAUCCUCUGCUGUCCAAGAGCCCCGCGGUGAUAGCUGAGUCUCUGUCUGCUGCUAACAUGGACUUCUCCCACUUGCUGGGUUUCCUCCCACUCAACCUGCCUCCCUACAGCGCCCCCAUGAGCACAGGAGGACUGGUGAUGGGCUACACCUCGUCUGCAACCUCCUCCUCUUCUUCCUCUUCCAUAUCUCUGCACGCUGCCGAGCCUCACACAGCAGCAGCCGCCGCAGCAGCCACCAUGGCACCUCUUACCUCUUUGCAACCACAACCUCAGGAGCAUCAGAGCUCCAGUGGGGGUCUGGGGCUUGGACCCCUGCACCCUCUUCCACCAGUAUUCAGCUCCAGCCUUAGUACCACCACACUGCCUCGCUUCCACCAGGCCUUUCAAUGAGUUUUAGGGUAGAUUAAAUAAUAAAUAAAAUUUGAAUAAAAAAAGAAAAAGAUAGAGAGAACACUUAGCUGCCUUAAAUGAAAGCACACAAAG